UUUCCCGUUUCGAUCGAUGAGUUCGAUCCGAUGCAGGAUAAGCAUUUGGCUGAAUUUGUGGUUGCAUCGCACAUCAAGAACCAUCCAUCGAACGUGGAUGAAACUCCGGUCUCGCAGGCGCAGGACACGAUGCAGAUACCGCAGGAUCUGCUGAAGAAGUAUAUCGUGUACGCGAAGGAAAAUGUACACCCCAAGCUAUCUAACAUGGACCAGGACAAGAUCGACAGCUGGCCUAUCAACGAUGCAAGGAGGGCGGGCGACGGGGCAGGGAAAGUGGCGACCAUCCGCAAACCACUGUGGUCGGGGUAAUGGAGAAGGAUCUCUCCGAACAGGCGAAGGCGAACGAAAUCUUCAACCUGAAACCAUUCCUGGACAGCGAAUUGUUCCGACAGAAUGGUUUCACGUACGAUGCCAAACGUAAGAUGAUCGUUCAGGUAGUUCCGGAAGCUGCGGAACCUUGAACGAUUAGGAAUGUUUUUUUUUUAUUUAAUUGAACCCAUCGCCCCAAAUAGUUUUAAGUCGCUAUGUUUUAUUA